AUCAACCUGUCACCAUGGCAACAUGAUGUUCUUUCAUUUUUAACCAAUAUUUACCCCACAAACAAACAUGGCAGAAAAGAAAAGGAAUCCAAACUGGACAGAGGCAGAGAAAGUAAUCCUGUUACAGGAAUAUGCAAAGCGAAAAUACAUUUUAACCAGCAGGUUUAAUCCUGGGGUGACAUCUGCCCUGAAACAAAAACACUGGGAAGAAAUAACAGAAUCUGUUAACACAAGAAACACUACAGUGAAAAGAACCCUUCAGGAAGUUAAAAAGAAAUAUGAAAAUUUGUCCUCAGCAGCAAAAAAAGAAUAUGGGGAAUUUAAAAGGGGAUCUAGAAAAAGAGCUCGACUUGGACCCUCACAAACAACUGCACAAUCAACAGCAACCUCUAUAUCUGAUUCCCUGGGACUUUCUCCAGGAAUCAUAGCUGUACCCACCUACACCCCCCCUCCUGGUCCAAACGAGGGGCCUGUUCAACAGCCUCCACAGGUCUGGCCAGGCCCACGACUUCCUUCACUGGGUUCACAUUCCCCACUGGACUUACAGAACACCCACAAAGUGGAGGAGUUUGGCAACCUUCGUGAGGAACUGGAUGGGAUCCGUACAGCCAUUACUACCUGUGGAGACAGAAUAGUGUCAGCCUUAGAUCCCAUCGCCUCCUCCCUCCGGGAGCUCACCCAACAUCUCAGCUCCCUGGUGGAGGUGAUGGCAGGCCAGCCCAGGCGGACAUUCAGCCACGCAGAUUGCCAGACCAUUGAGGAGGACCUUGGGGAGCAACAACUGGUUGAGUCUAAAAUUGAGGAGUCCUCCCCACCCUGUACUGAUUCAUCUCUCUGCCAGACAAGCAAAUGGCUGUAAAGAGUUAUGGCCAAUGUUUGUACACCUAUUGAUAAGCCAAGACUGUUUAGCAUUUUUAAAUACUACAAUGUAUUUCUGCCUUAUUUAUGAAUCUAUUUAUGACUGCUGUUUACCUAUAUAUACACACCGCUUAUACUAUACUGUAUCUUUAGUGUGAGGCCUUGUGAUUUCCUUAUCCUGCUUCACAGAAGGUGCUCUGGUUUAACGUGUGCACUUGGUACAUUUAAAAUUGGCAAAUAUUGUGUAUUGGUACCAGAAUCACAAUUUCAGAAAUUAAUGUUUUACUGAAGAAUCAAAGACUGAAAACAGCAAGAAAAAGCUGACUAAAUUCUAUUCUUAAUGUUGAGUCCGCUGCAGAAUCAAUUGACCGCUUCAGUUAUUGUCUGUGGAAACAUCCUAGACCACCUUAAACAUUUAAAAGCAGUGCAUGCACAGCAUGUCAGGUCUUUAACAGCCAUGUGCUGUAAUGCCCAUCCUCUCUUAAAGGAGACAGAGAUAACAAAAAAAAUCCAGGAAGUUUCGGGAUUGUGACCAUUCUUGACAGCAAAAUAGAAAACAUAACUAGUUUCUUCGCAACAUAUUAUUUGCUUUUACAAGAGCUCUUAAAUCCGAGACACAACUGCAACUCGACCGGAGCAAAGAGGCAGUGACAAGGCAAACAGUGCAGUAUCAGCCACUGAUUUGUUUUUGCCUAUAACUAUAAUAUCCUUUUUGUAAGUGUCCUAGUGCCAGCGGGAAGCAAUAUGAUUGUUGAAACACUUUUAAGGAAAGACAGAUUGAUAAUCAUCCAAGUGUUUCAGAAACGGUGCAAGUUUUAAGUUUUCAGACGGUCAUGACAGCCUGUGUGCUGGUGCAGCAUCACAGACUAAUAAACUGCAAUUAUUCAGUAGUAACAAACAGCUUAAGGUACCUGUGUUCAUACAUCAUUUACAAAUGUAUUUUCCAAUGAUAGUGUAGCUCUAGGUCAACCAUGAACCCUUAGCAUUAUUAAAGUUAAAACACAUUUGUCCUAAUAUGUAGAGAUCCUAGAAAAUACAUAUAUAUUGGAUAUUUAACAGCUGACUGCAGGUUGAAAACGUGGGAACUGAUGUUUAGGUCCAACUAAAGCCACAUCCUUGUACUGAUUCUUGUGCUUUAAUGUCCGACAUAGCGGUUUGCAAAAUUGCACCUGGAAAUCUCAAAAGAAGCACCUAAACAGUUCAAGGUUUGAUCCUAAAGUAGAGGAAUCUGGAUGCAUUCAACAAUGUUAUUUGUCUAGGGCCCAGGAAUGGUAAAAUGCUUUGUCAGCAGCAAUAGCUCUAACAUUCUUUAUAAUCCUUCACUAUUUAAUGUUCUGGAAACCAAAAUUAAAAAGCAUUGGUCGGAGAGUCUGUUUGGAACUCUGAAUAAUAGAUAAGAACAUUGUAACAGCAAAGUGAUAUCCUCAGAAUAAGAAACUGAAAUAAGUAAAGAUGUCAGAAAACCAGGUGUCAUAUGUUAUUUUAUCCUUGCUGACCCGGUGACCAGACAAUUCUCAGGGUAUACUCUAAGAAUAAGACAGCAUAAGCAUUGGGACAAUAGUGUAUAGAUGUCUAGCUCCCAAUACAAACACACAGAGCACACAAUCUGCACCCAGGUGCACGCUUCAGCCUGCACACUCUUGAAGCGAAGCAGCAGUGCCAGUAACAGUGCUUCUUCUCACCAUUCGGUAUAAUCAGGUUUGUUCAGCACAGGCUCUGAAGCCCUGAAGCUACAGUAUCAAAGGUUUGCAUCCUCUAAAAGAUUACUGUAAAGGAAUACAGAGACGCAUUGGUAAAAGCAGUGUCUUAGUCCUGUAUUUGUACAGGUCACUACUGGUCAAGUACAAAGCGAGGGAGCAGUACUGCACUGUGGACCACUCCAGAAGCAAAGUCACAGGGAGGCAGAAGGGGGCACAGGUGAUAAUUGCCUCUUGGUUUUUUAACUGAGGAAUCAGCUUUCUGUGUGCGAUUCAAGGUAGAUAAUACUACACCAAUCAGUAGAGCAGAGAAAGUGCACACACACCAGGAAAUAUAGCUUUCUAAAUUGAGCUUUUACUAGGGCUUGUGUCUGGACAUGCCUAAUAGGUCAUAAAAGUUCCAUUUAGGAGCAUUUUGCUUUGUGUUUUCACACUUCUUUCAACAGGAUAUAUUGUUUGGUACAUCACCCUUGAAAAGUGUUUUGAGAAUUCCCUUAAUUGUAAAACACCAAUCAAUGCUACAGAAUGCUGGCAGAAGAUUUAUGCAUUCAAUACACUGCUUGAAGAGCAUGUUGUUUUUCUCAAUCUUUCUACCUAAAUGAGCAAGCCGUGUGGAAAUACAACAAACAAGUCUGGAAAUGGUCACGUGGCAUAGGAGGAACUAUUUCAACUGUCAGAAGGGCAGGCAUCAGGAAACUUCCCUGAUUAAAUCCCACAGCAUAUGGAGAAGUACUGUACAUACAGCCAUGGCCAAAGGUUGUGCAUCACUCUAUGAAAUUAACCAAUUUUGCUUCAUAAAGGUAAAUGAAACCUGCUGAAUAAUGUUGC